AUGGCUGCCAGAACACUCAGGAUAGGUCAAUUGAUUCCUAAAGCUGCCUCGUCGUUGGGCUUAAAGUUCUCCUUUGUCGACCUCGACGCGGGCUAUGACACCUUUCUGCGCACCAAGACUGCCCUGCCAGACAAGACGGUCGAGACCCUCAAGAAGGAAUGUGACGGUGCUCUGUUCGGAGCUGUCAGCUCUCCAUCAACCAAGGUCGCAGGAUACUCGUCCCCCAUCGUCGCCCUUCGUAAGAAGCUAGACCUCUAUGCGAACGUACGCCCAGUCAAGACCACGGCCGGCGCCAACGCCUCUGUCAGACCAAUUGACCUUGUCAUCGUCCGUGAGAACACUGAGGACCUCUACGUCAAGGAAGAGAAGACCUACGACACCCCCAACGGCAAGGUAGCAGAGGCCAUCAAGCGCAUCUCUGAAAACGCCUCGUUCCGAAUCGGUACCAUGGCGGGCGAGAUUGCUCUCCGACGACAGAAGAUCCGUCAGGCUCAGUCUGCCAAUACCACUACUGCCAGCCCCAUGGUCACCAUCACGCACAAGAGUAACGUCCUCAGCCAAAGUGACGGCUUGUUCCGCGAGACAUGCCGCAAGGCCCUGGCCAACGAAAAAUUCAGCGGCGUCAACGUCGAGGAACAAAUCGUCGACUCAAUGGUGUACAAGCUCUUCAGACAACCCUCAUACUACGAUGUCAUCGUUGCUCCCAACCUGUACGGAGAUAUUCUGUCGGACGGUGCUGCCGCGCUCGUUGGAAGUCUAGGUCUGGUUCCUAGCGCCAAUGUCGGAGAUGGGUUCGCUAUUGGUGAACCAUGCCAUGGCAGUGCUCCCGACAUCGAGGGCAAGGGUAUUGCCAACCCCAUUGCCACCAUACGAAGCACAGCUUUGAUGUUGGAGUUCUUGGGCGAAGGUGCGGCUGCUGCUAAGAUUUAUGCGGCUGUCGACGCCAAUUUAGACGAGGGCAAGCUCCUUUCCCCUGACCUUGGUGGCAAGGCCACUACUGCCGAGGUUCUGGAAGAUGUCCUCAAGAAACUCUAG